GAUAUUUUAUAUCUCUGCAACACUGAACUUCUCUGCUUCUGGAUUUCUAGUGGCAAUGGCUUCCUUCACUUCUGCUUCCUUGUGCAUUCCAAGGCUGAUUUCUUCUUCGAAACUUUCCAAAUUCAAUUUCUCUUCAUCUUCAUCUUCAUCCCCUUCCACCUCGCUGAGUUUUCGAGUGGUUUGUUCCGGUGGGUUUCGGCAGCCCGAUGCUCCCAAGGAUUUCCGCUUCCUUCUCCACGAUGCUUUGGAUUCUUCUGGAAUUGACUCCACCUAUGCUAAGGAGGCUAGGAAGGGUUUCUUGACUCAGAUUCAUUAUUUAUCUAAUAUAGAGAGGGAAACCAGUAUUAGCAUUAAUAGGUGUGUUGAUUUGGCGAAAGCUGCUCUUUAUAUUGCAGCAGAGGAUGAUUCCUUGGUAUCUCAUUCAUCUGUUCCUCUUCCGGUCGAUGCAUUUGUUCAUAGAAUAAAUGACCUUUCCAUGGGCUAUUGUACUCACUACAAAUCUUCAUUCAAUUUAUCACCAGAAAGUUUAUUGGAAAGUAUAGAGAGGUAUUUGUACGUCAUGAAGGGUUUCAGAAGAACCAGUUGUAAAGCUCAAACAGAACCACGAGCUCUAUAUCUUCACACGGUCUUGACCCAUCGUACAGGCUCAGCUGCACUACUGUCACUCAUAUACUCUGAGAUUCUUAAAAUGCUUCGUUUAUGGAGCCUUCUGGAUUUUGAUGUUGAGAUAUAUCAUCCUCAUGAUGAUUUUAGCCUCCCCACAGCCUAUCAUAAACUCAAAGGCAGGGAAUCUGAUCAACCACACAUAAUAACAACCCAAAGUCUCUUGGUGGAGAUUCUAAGCAAUUUAAAGGAAUCUUUUUGGCCUUUUCAACAAAAUCAAUCCAGAAGUUUAUUCUUAAGGGCGGCUGAUGUUGCUAACUGUAGUGAUAGAUCGAAUGCAGCUGAGGAAAGUGGCUUUCAGCUUGCGUCUGCAAAGGCUGCUCAACACAGGCUAGAACGUGGAGUUUGGACCAGUGUGCGUUAUGGAGAUAUGAGGCGCGCAUUAUCCGCAUGUGAACGGCUUAUCCUCCUUGACGUUGAUCCAAAGGAAUUGAGAGAUUAUAGCAUUCUUCUCUACCAUUGUGGCUUUUAUGAGCAAUCUCUGGAGUAUUUGAAGUUGUAUCAGGAAACAAAGAAUUCCUCAAGUCCAACCGACACGCUAAGUUGCCAGGAGGAAGAAGCUGUGGAUCACUUGAUGAAACGCCUUGCACUUAUUAUGAUGGAAGAUGGUUGGAGCAGACCCACUUUUGCUCGAAAGUUCAUUGGUAAUGUAAGGACCAAUUCGGCACAUGAUAGCACCGACAUUCUCAAACAAUGUGAUCACGUUAUUUAUUUCUUGUUUUUAAGAAGGAAGACUAUCUCUACAAAUUAACACGAUACUUUGAUGAUGACGAGGAGGGAAGGAGGAGGAGGCAGUGGUGUGUGCAGUGAGUUGUCUCAGGUGCACAAGAGAUGGUGGUGAUGGGCUGGACAUUGUCUGCGUGCCUCUCACAUGGGGCUUUCUUUUCUUGUACUCGCCCUGCAUUUAAGGAUCAUUUUCCCUUCCAUUUCUCAUUGUCUAUCAAUUCUUUUUCCUUUUUUUAUGUCAUUGGACAACUUUGACCACAA